CGUAGCCUACCCACAAUGCAAAGCAAAGCUAAGUAGCGCCUAGCCGAGCAAGUGCACAGAGUAGAAAACAACAACAGCGUGAUGAUCCAACCUCAACAACUGGUAGCCUAACUAGGCCAGCUACAUGGACAACCGUGGCGAUUUAAAGUUUAGCGUCCUUGUCUGCUUAAAUUUCUCUCUCGCUGGAUAAUGUGAAUUGUUUUACUGCUGUCGCUGCAUGUGACUUAGGCUACUACGCGCACGUUUGCGUUUAGAUUUAGAGCAAUCUUUGAGAUACUGAUUGGGAGCUAGCUUGGUAAUCGAGGGCUCUAUGUUUGAGAGUCUUGCUGUGGCCGCGGGGGCAGCAGCAGUGGUGGUGCCAUGAACAGUGGACUCCCAGCCUCGGCUGCUCCUCUCGGGGGUGUUGUGAUUCCUCCUAAUGUAAAGGUGAAGUUCUGUCGGUAUUACGCGAAGGACAAGACUUGCUUCUAUGGGGACGAAUGCCAGUUUUUGCACGAGGAUCCAUCCAUGGCGAGCUUGUCUAUGCACGGUGGAGGCGGUGGGGGAAGCCCUGUCCCUUUAUCCAUGCCAGGGGGAGCUGUGACCACAGCAGCGGGGGGAUAUGCUCUCGGUGGGAACGCGGCAGCUGCUUGCCAGGGUGGUGUAGUACCCAGUGUGCCCAAAAAGAGCGAGCCUCUUGGACCUGCUGGAACAACUCUUGAAGGACAACUGUUAACCAUACCAGGGAUGGAGGGGGGCACCCUCAGCGAUGCCAAUCUCACCAAUUCAUACUUCAGCAGCAGCUUUAUCGGAGUAAAUGGCUUCGGGAGUCCAGCAGAAUCCAAAUACUCUAUGAUGCAGAGGAUGACCAGCAGCAGCAGCUCUCCGAGCCUCCUAAACGACGGUGCCAAGACGUACAGCCACAGCGCUCACGAUCCAGUCAACUCUCCCACUUCCUCCCUCUUCAGUGACUUUGGUGCCCUAAGUUUAUCGCAAAGGAGGAAGCAGGCCCCCAACCCGGCGGCCAGUGAGUUCAUCCCCAAGGGGGCGCCGCGCAUGGCUACCAUGGCGCAGCAGGCGGUGCAGGCCUUCCCCUUUCCCCUCUUCCCCCACCCCCACCCCGCCAUGAGCUCCUCCACGGCGGCCGCCCUCGCGCCCGGCAUGUCUCUGUCGGCCGGAUCCUCUCCUCUGCACUCUCCCAAAAUCACGCCCCACACCUCCCCCGCCCCCCGCCGGCGUAGCCACACCCCCAACCCCAAUCCCAACCCGGCCAAUUACAUGGUGCCCAACGCCGUCGCCGUGGCCACCGACCCGUCAGGGGCCCAAAUAAUCCAGAAGGAGACGGUGGGCGGGACCACCUACUUCUACACUGACAACACGCCAGCACCCAUGGCAGGAAUGGUGUUCCCCACCUACCACAUAUACCCCCCCACCGCCCCCCACGUGGCCUACAUGCAGCCCAAAGCCAACGCCCCCUCCUUCUUUAUGGCCGACGAACUCCGACAGGAGUUGAUCCACAGGCAUCUUAUAACCAUGGCCCAACUCGAUCACUCAGAGAACCCAGACGUGCCCUCGGAGGUGGACAGCUACCACAGUCUGUUCCCCCUGGAGCCCCUCCCCCCGCCCAACCGCCUCCAGAAGACCAGCAACUUCAGUUACAUCACAUCCUGUUACAAGGCUGUCAACAGCAAGGACGACCUGCCCUACUGUCUGAGGAGAAUACACGGAUUCCGCCUUGUGAACACCAAGUGUAUGAUGCUGGUGGACAUGUGGAAGAAGAUCCAGCACUCCAACACGGUCACCCUGCGGGAGGUCUUCACCACCAAGGCUUUUGGAGACCACUCGCUGGUGUUUUCUUAUGACUUCCAUGCGGGGGCGGAGACCAUGUUCAGCCGGCACUUCAACGACCCCACAGCAGACUCCUUCUUCACCAAGCGGAAGUGGGGUCAACACGAGCCCCCGCCCCCUCGUCAGCAUGCCGGGCUGCUUCCUGAGUCCCUGAUCUGGGCCUACAUCGUGCAGCUAAGCUCCGCCCUGCGCACCAUCCACACCGCCGGCCUGGCGUGUCGCAUCAUGGACCCCAGCAAGAUCCUCAUCACCGGCAAGACCCGGUUACGGGUGAACUGCGUGGGAGUCUUCGAUGUCUUAACGUUCGACAACAGCCAGACCAACCACCUGGCCCUCAUGCCCCAAUACCAGCAAGCGGACCUGAUCUCGCUGGGCAAGGUGGUUCUGGCGCUGGCGUGCAACUCACUGGCCGGGAUCCAGCGGGAGAACCUGCAGAAGGCCAUGGAGCUGGUGUCCAUCAACUACUCAUCGGACCUCAAGAACCUCAUCCUGUAUCUGCUGACAGAUCAGACUCGCUUGCGCAGCGUGAAUGACAUCAUGCCGAUGAUUGGGGCGCGAUUCUAUACCCAGCUGGACGCCUCGCAGAUGAGGAACGACGUCAUCGAAGAGGAUCUGGCCAAGGAGGUUCAAAAUGGCCGCCUCUUCCGCCUACUGGCCAAAUUGGGAACCAUCAACGAGAGACCGGAGUUCCAGAAGGACCCCACGUGGUCCGAGACGGGCGACCGCUACCUGCUGAAGCUGUUCCGGGAUCACCUGUUCCACCAGGUCACCGAGACCGGCUCGCCAUGGAUCGACCUGAGCCACAUCGUGGCCUGCCUCAACAAGCUGGACGCGGGCGUUCCAGAGAAGAUCAGCCUGGUGUCUCGGGACGAGAAGAGCGUGCUGGUGGUGACCUACUCCGAUCUGAAGCGCUGCUUCGAGAGCACCUUCCAGGAGCUGCAGGCGGCCGCCAACGGCUCGCUCUAGGGCCCCCCCUACAGGAGCGGAAUGGGACUACUGGCCGGAACAGCAGACGGAGCAACUUUGCACUACAGGGCGAAACGCUGAGGACGCAGACCUGGCCUGAGGGGUGAACACUAUACUACGGAGCUGCUUCAGGAGCACACUAGGUGAAGUGAAGGGAAGAAGUAAAUCAUCUAGUAGAAGAGCCUCACGUUUCUUAAGAAAAAUGAGGACUCCAGACUCUUCUAUUAGAUGAUUUACCUCUUCGCUUAACCUGGUUUACACCUGCAACAGAGUCUUAGUGUAGUCUCCUGGAAACUUUGAAGAUCAUCUCGCCACCAUCUCGAGGACGACAAAACAAAAGCAGGCUGCUGAACUCGCCAGUCACAUACACUGCUCUGUUCGGAAAAGGCUUUUCUCUUUUUUUUUUCUUUUUUUCUCUCAUCCUUUUUUCCUAAAAGGCUUAUUUUUUUAGUUUUCAUAACCUCGCAGCUACAUUUAUGACACGGACAAGCAAACAUAAAAAACAUUAUGGACAAAGUGGAAGCUGUGAUGAAUUUUUUUAGACAUGGGGAACAACAUGGACGACAUGAGAAAAAAAGUACUUCUCCCGCUUUUACUUUCAGAAGACCUUUUUGUUGAUUUUCUUGAUCUUCUUUUGAGGAUGCACUAAAAGAAAUUUUAAGUUU